AUGAACGCGCCUGAUAGAUACGAGUCGUUCGUCCUUGGGAAUGGCGAAAGCAAAGUCGAAAUGGAAAUUGAUACCCGGAUCCCUUCAUCAGCAAUCUUUACCUUCAACAAAGAAGACCACACACUUGGAAACUUGAUCCGUUCUCGUCUCCUCCAGAGCUCCCAUGUUCUAUUCGCCGCAUACAAGGUUCCCCAUCCGCUUGUUCCCAACUUUAUUCUCCGUGUUCAAACAGAUGGCGAAAUCGCCCCGAAAGAGGCUGUCAUCACCGCAUGCAACGAGCUAGUGCGUGACCUCGGCAUCUUAUCCCGGGAGUUUACCAAAGAAUACGAGUUACGCAAGAUGGUUGGAGCUACACAACCGCAGCAAAAUGGUGCUCCGGACGGAAUAUAG